UGUUGCUCUGUUCCUUUUAUCACUCUGGUACGCUGAUAACAAUAGCAUCUGACGAUCACAUAUGGCUUUCAGCAUUUAAGCGUCCACCAAUAAUAAGGCUCUGCCAAAUUCAGAUUUCAUAGUCUUAGAUGUGCCGUCUCUGUAACCGACCCCUGCUUCCUAUGCGAGCGUCCAAAUACAUGUUGGUUAGUGAAUGCCAAUACGGCAAACACAUUGUUUCUUCAGAGGAGCACCAAUAGUUUGUGUCUGCUCUUCUUCUUUGGGAUAUGAACAAAUUUGUCAAGCAGGCCCUUACCUGCUCCUCAGCGAAACGUACAGUGAUGUUUGUACCAAACGAAUUUUAACACUGUCUUUGGACAGGACAGGACGGUACAGCACGUGUGAUCCCUCGAGCAAAUAGUGGAGUCAGAACACGAGAAGGACAUCCGUAGAACAAUAAUUUCAUCUGGUCUGAACGUUUCGUUUCAGUUCUAAAGAGUUAUCCUCAGCUUCAAGUCGGAAGUGUGUAGUUUCCGCUGUCCGAGUUCACCUUUUGAAAUUCAAGAGUCCUAAAUGCCGUCUAGGAAGCUCUCGAUGACCUUAACAAGCUUUUCGCGAAAUGUCGUCGGGUGGGAGUCCUGUGGCCAAGGCGUCAGGAGAUUGAUGAGACAAAAAGCUCAUGAGCUGCCAAUCGUCAGCUAAUGUGCAAUUUCUGCUGCUGUAGUUGCUUAGCAACAUCCUUGAUUGAACUGCAACUCGUUUUUAUCUGCGCGUGAGGCUGAAGAAUCUUGUGGUGGGCAACAAGACGUCUGAGCUUUAGGGAUGGAGAACAGGGGCGACAUAGAAUCUGGGGAUUUGGGAGAAAUGGAAAAUGGAGAUCAGUGGGUGAAUAACGAAUGUGUUAUUAUGCUCGCAAAGGGCGAGCUGAAGCUGCACAGAUCGAGGUUGCAGCUCUCGCAGAUGGAGGAAGGGUCAGUCUUACUGCGUACAGAAUUGGCAGAGGUCUGUGGGACCGAUGUACAUUUGAUGCAUGGCCGCCUCGAUCUCGUACCGUACCCCAUCAUUCCUGGUCAUGUGGGUGUUGGCCGCAUCCAUGCCUCCGUUGGCUCGGUGCGCGAUGUCUCCGGAGUUCCUGUUAAAAAGGGAGAUAUGGUCACUUUUCUGGACGUCCUCGAUACCUGCAAUUCGUGCAUCACGUGCCUGGUUGACAAACAAACAACUCGGUGUCCUGAAAGGCGUGUUAUUGGAAUAUCAUGCCCGGCGAAUGGUGGUGAUGUCAAGGGGCUUCUGGGUUGCUGGUCUUCCUUCAUCUAUCUGCCACCCAAGACGAAGAUAAUUCGGUUGCCGAUAGCUCUUCCACCGAUAGUGUUCAUGGCUGGUGGCUGUGGGCUCCCCACAGCACUGCACGCUAUGGACAGGGCCUGCAUCAAAUUGAUGGAUCGUGUAAUUGUCCAAGGCUCCGGGCCAGUUGGUCUUCUUGCAGCAAUUUUGGCUCUUCAUAGUGGUGCUGGCCAGGUUAUUGUGAUAGGAGCUCCUGCUCAUCGUUUGAAUGUCGUAAAGGCGUUCGGCAUCGAUUGGACCGUCAACAUUCAAGAGAUAACAGAUCCUUCGGACCGGCUAAGAAUGGUAACCGACCUGACUGAAGGUCGACUUGGAGACGUUGUCAUCGAAGCUACAGGAAGGCCAGAAGCUGUUGCGGAAGGUUUGGCUUUGUGUAGAAAUGGAGGAACCUAUGUGGUCGUGGGUCAGUACACUGAUAACGGCGAUGUCAGCAUAAACCCACACCACUUGAUCAAUCGGAAGCAUGUAGUAAUGAAGGGCUGUUGGGGCUCGGAUUUCAGUCAUUUCCACAGAGGAGUUCAAUUCAUGGCCAAAUACAGUCAUCUGCCUUGGCAUCAAGUUGUGAGUACUGUUUUCAGUCUCAAAGACGCAAGUAAAGCGCUGUCUUGCGUGGAAAAUCUGGAGCUUUUCAAGGCCCUCAUAAAGCCCGGAACCUGAACUAAAGUGUGGGAAUAAAUUCAAGACUAACGACAACUUGCUCCCUAGGACGACCAUGAAACCAAGCUUGUACAUCUGUGUAUUAAAAUGUACCAGUAUGAAGAUCAUGAUGAUGAGUUCUUUUUGUUCAACUGUUCACAUUCAUAUCGAAAUGCUGGAAGUAGCAGUAUUAUGAACUGCUACUUCCAGCUCUAUUAUUUGCGCACUAUACGUCGGUCGUAAUGUCUUCUCUGUUGGGCUAGGAAAAGCUUUCUAGCAAAGGAGAAUAUAUGGUGAUGAUAAUAAAUGUGAAGUUUGUUCUCGGGUGGCCUUUCAAUAUUUUACUGGAGCUUGAAGUUUGUACGGGCUUCAAGCACUCUUCGUAUUCGGUAAAAGUGUGAAUAGUCAGUAGUUUCCAUAUUUGUUUCAUAUAGCUACUUGGUCAAUCAAAAUAGAUUCCUCUCCU